CAGAAAGUCAAGUGAAGAGAAACUUCUUCAGAUAUGAGCUAUAUUCUCCAAACAGCUUUUUAGUCACUUUCCCAAAAAUUUUAUUUAUUUUACUGCUUCUUCUUAAGUAAUUAAAAAAGUAGUUGCUUUUUUUUUUUUUGAAGAUAACUUUGAUAAUGAAACUGAGUGUGGGGAUAUUUUUUGGAGGCUUCUUUGCGGCUCUGGGGGUUUUGCUUUUCUUGGUGGCAUUUGGAACUGAUUAUUGGCUUCUUGCUACAGAAAUAGAAAGGUGUUCAAAAGCACCUGAAGAUGCUGGGGUAGAGAAGGCCACUUUCCAUCAUGAAGGUUUCUUCUGGAGGUGCUGGUUUAGUGGAAAUGUAGGAGAGAAUAAUGCCAGCAUGUGGAAUUUCUGGUAUACUAACCAGUCACCUUCUAAGAAUUGUACUCAUGCUUACCUGUCACCAUUUCCUCUUAUCCGAGAUGAACACAAUUCAACCUCCUAUGACUCUGCAAUCAUUUAUCGAGGUUUCUGGACAGUUCUUAUGCUCCUGGGAGUGCUCACUAUUGUGAUGGCUAGUUUCUUCAUCAUCUGUGCAGCUCCUUUUGCCAGCCACAUUCUGUACAAAGCAGGAGGAGGCUUUUUCAUCAUUGCUGGUGUCUUGUUUUCGCUGGUAGUCGUGAUGUAUGUCAUCUGGGUCCAGGCGAUGGCUGAUCUGGAAAACUACACAAACAUGAAAAAAAUGGAUUGCCCAGACUUUGCUGUUUAUGUACGCUAUGGCUGGUCUUUUAUGCUGGCUCCUAUAGGAGUAUUUUUUUCUUUAUUAGCAGGAAUGCUGUUCUUGUUGGUAGGGCGUGCCAUUUAUUUACACUCAGACUAGUCAUACACUGCUGAAGGGAAUGCAGGAAUCCCAGUGAAACUUCAUGACAGUUGUAAACUGGAACACAAUUUUAUACAUUAUUACCAUUACGUCAAUCCUAAGUACGCAGGCAUACUUCUGAAGUUCUUCUGUUACUUGUUUAAGGGUAAAGGACACAAAAGUCAAACCAGGAAGAAACCACCUUUAGUCCCAACUUGUUGUUUUUAAUUCUUUAGAAAGUACCCACAUGGUUCCCCAUAUUGUAGUAUUAGCAGCAUUUUUGCAGUUUUGCAAACAGAGGAAGGCAAAAAUUUUCUGCAACCGAAAGCCCAACAUGAAGUGGGCCAAAUCAACAUUUUAUACAUUUGUCUUUUAACAUUUACUUUGUGCUUCUGCUUGUGGAGAGUGGUACAAAGUGGAGGAGAAAGCAAACAUUCAAGCACAGUAAUUCAGUCUACCUCCUCUCCUGUUUUCCACUACUUGCCUUAGCUUUAAUACAAGCAAACAUGUCUGCACUUUAUAAAAAUAGAGUGCAGUUGUUCAUGCAGCAUCCAUGGGAAGAGGACGAGAGAGAAGACAAUUGCCGUGAACAGCGACCUGGUGCUAGUCUGUACAUGUAAAAGCUUAACUGCUUCCGUUACACGUUUCUCUUUUCUGUACACAUUUGAAAGCUGUAUACUUCUGUAUUCUGAAAUUCAUGGUUGUUGCAUGAUUCUAUCAGCCAAUAUGCCAUAGUUAAAUCACUAGCUGAAUUUAUGCCAAAAUUGUACUUUGAAUUAUAGCAUUAAUAUUUUAAUCAAGCUUUAAACCUUUUAUUUUUGAAUGGAAUAACUGGCUCCUCCAACAAACAUCUUCCUGGUUGUGUAAAAUGACUUUUUUAUUAAAAAAGGUUUAUUAUGAAGACAAGAUCUAGGACAUGAAAAUACAUGUUCUAAGUAGCCUUCAUUUUCCAAAAUAUUAAAAAUAGGCAUUGUAGACCAAAUCCAACUUGCCUACUAGUCAUCCCAGGGAAAGCAAUGAGCCUAGCUAUGACAGCAGGGAAGAUGGAUUUGGUUCUGUGUUGUAGGAGUGGCUGGUUCUCUGUGUAUGUGUGUGUGUGUGUGUGCGCGCGCGCGCGCAUGUGUUUGGAAGGUGGGUGAGGAUGGGACCGUAUGCAUGGUAUGGAAAAGAUGGGGUGGAGUUUUAACAAUGGGGAAACUUUGUCUGGCAUUGGGCCCAAGUUGAAAUUAAAUCCAGCUGAGUGUGUUGGUUUUCACUUUGUAACUCAAUGCAGAAUAGUUUGGGACUGAUGGGGAAAAAUAAAGACUGCAUGUUG